AUGGACUCCAAUGUUGAAUUUGGUCAAGUUGAACAACUUCCAUCCUACAGUGAGCUAGAGGAGCAAUCUCCCAAAGAUACCUACUGUUAUUGUGACAGGUGCGUAUACAAGAGAAAUGGUCAUGAGAAGGUGGAGAGGAACUUGCUAUACGGAACGGUAUGUCCGUUGCUGUGGGUCUACAACCUUUUGCUAUUCGUGGCCUCCUUCAAAGACGAUUCACAGUACAAGUUUAGCGAGAGUAUUGAAUGGGCGUACAAAGAUGAGAUCGCACUCUCUGUGGAGUUGAAUGAUGAUUCGCUGGUCGGCGGUGUCAUAAAACAGCACUGUGAAACCGGCCGUCGAUACGAUCGAAUCUGCGGAUGGAGCUUCUUGGGACUGCUUCUCUAUGCGGUUCUUCUGUGGCUGUUGAUUAUGAUACUGUGA